CUUGUGCUGGAUUUAAAUUGCCCCACUCCAUGCCCAUUCAGGGGUGAAAACAAGCCGUUCGUUGGCGUAAUUGCACGGUGACAAAAGAACCAGCAGACAGAUCACAGGUGGUCGAGCUUCUGUUGAGAAGAGCAGAGAGGGAAGAGAAGAAACAGCAGCACCUAUAUCAAAAAACAAACAGUUUGAAGAAUGUGCAACCCUGUCUGCUUCAUCUUCGUGGUGUGGGUGAUCGCUCUCCUCGUGUAUCCAGAAUUCCUUUUUAAGCCAAAACCUGUAAUCCAUCCAUCCAUCCAUUUUCUACCGCUUAUCCGAACUACCUCGGGUCACGGGGAGCCUGCGCCUAUCUCAGGAGUCAUCGGGCAUCAAGGCAGGAUACACCCUGGAUGGAGUGCCAACCCAUCGCAGAAACCUGUAAUCAGAGUGCCAGCGAGAAGCGGAGACUCUUAUUUAAAGGACAACAUCACCGUCAGACAGGGGGACAAUGCCGUCUUGAAGUGCAACGUGGACAACAAAGUUUCACGAGUGGCAUGGCUCAACCGGACUACCAUUCUCUUCACGGGCAAUGAAAAGUGGUCUUUGGACCCGCGGGUGGUCCUGCUAAACACAGCUGUCACUGAAUUCAGUAUAAUGAUUCUAGAUGUAAACUUAUACGACGAGGGGCCGUAUGUAUGUUCCAUCCUCACCAACAAGAAACCAGAAUCCACAAAAGUGCACCUCAUCGUACAAGUUCCUGCCAGGAUUGUAAACAUAUCCACGGAUGUUUCUGUGAAUGAGGGAAGUAACGUAAGCCUCAUGUGUCUGGCCAUCGGACGACCUGAACCCACCAUUUUGUGGAAAUUGCUGUCCUCGAAAGGCAACAAAAUUAUCACCGAGGGCGAGUACGUGGAAAUUAAUGGAAUCACCAAAGACAUGUCUGGCUCAUACCAAUGCGUCACUUCAAACGAUAUCUCAACUCCAGACAUAAAGACUGUUCAGGUUACAGUCAACUAUCCGCCUGUCAUCUUGCGCGCUCGGAGCACAGGAACGGCUGUUGGUCAGAAAGGGGUUCUGUGGUGUGAGGCGUCAGCGGUUCCUCUGGCGGAAUAUGAAUGGUUUAAAGGUGACCGCAGAAUUUUUAACGGACUCCAAGGGAUCAAGAUUGAAAACAAGGGCAAACAAUCCAUGCUAACAUUCUUUAACGUCUCUGAAGAGGAUUACGGGAACUACACCUGCGUGGCUAGGAACACGUUGGGGAUAACAAACGCAAGCAUCAUUUUGUACGGCCCCGGAGCGAUACACGACGUGAACAAUUCAGCUUCAACACCAACCAGCUCGCUCUUGCUCCUAACUCUUGUCCUGACUCUCUCGCAACUGAGCAAGUUUUGAUGCUAAAGCACCUGGCCGCUUCUCAGAACGAACACAGACUCACGGUCCCACACGUUGAGGUUGAAUACUUUAUGGGUUAUUAUUGUUUUUAUUCUUUUGCCUUAUGCUUUAUUUCCGAAGGAAAGAGGUCAGUGUGGGUUUAUGGGUCUGUAAUUGGAUGCUUUGGGAUUUAGGAGUGUUUUGGAUUUUUAAACAGUAAAUCGGACCGUGAAUGGAGUCUGUCAUUAGCUGGGUAGAAAUUAUAGAUCCAACUACAGUAUAUGUGUCUCUCCAACCUUUUGUAUGUGAAAAGAGAAGCAAAAACACAUGUAAUCGUGAAUAACUGAAUGGUUUUUUUGCUCAGUAUUGAACUGUGUGAGGUUACUGCUGUGUCCUGUUUCAUGUAAAAUAACAUGGUUCUUUUUUUUAAAUAAUGGAGAAAAUGACAAACAGCAAAAAAGAAACAAUAAUAAAAAAACGUGACAUUUGAUUUACUGUACAUGUACAGAUGUAUGCAAAUACCGUUCACACAUUUAUAAGAUCUAUGCGUCCAAUAUAAUAUAGCACACAGAUCCAAAAGACAUACAGCAUCCUCCAGCGUCCACCGGCCAAUGAUGUCGCUCAUUUUGUUUAAAAACCAGUGGAAACGUUAAGAUAACUUGCAUGUGUACUGAGCUGACAUACUGUAGUUACAUGCGGUAGGAUAGACCAGGUCUAACAUACUUUACCGUAGAUACGUUUCUUACUAUAGAUGCAGAUCAUAUGCCCGAAAAUCUAAGUGUAUGUGUGAUAGGAAGCUGCACAAUACAUAGUUAAAAAUACAGUAUUAUGACCUUAAAAGAUUGACAGCCGUACCAUAUUCUCAAAUGGAGUCAUUUAUCACUGGAAGUGUAAUCACGGCGAGAUGAAACUUUCUCCUGUGAAGUUCAAGGGAUUCAUUUUCUUCGCAUUCAAAGAGGCAUGUUGGUAGUGACAUGCCACCAAAAUCAUUGCAUAUCGCAUACUCGGUAGAAAAUCCCUUUUUAUAUUUCUUUUAUUUUAUCGAGAUUUUUAUUAAAGUGUUAAAACUGUUCUUUCUGAGGUUUUUGGUGCCGAGUUUCUUUUAAACGUGUUAUGGGUUUGUAUUCUGGAAUCUUAAUGGAAAAAUCAAUUUGACAGAGGCCAAAACUCUUAUCUCAUAUGAUAUAUUAAAAUGAUAAUAUUACAAUAUAUAGAUAUUUAAUAUCUUGUGAGGGGAGGAAAAUAUCAUAAUAGAAGCAUCUCUAUAUCUGUGGGCGAUAACCAUCAAUUUAUCUGUGAUCUUUAGCACUCAUUUCCACACUAAUAUAAUGCCAUAUAAAUGUCAAGUUGUGCAUGUUUGAGAAGGUGAAAGAAAACUGUAAUCUUAGGUUUCAUUUAUUGCAUCGAUUUAUUCAAUAUCUUAAUACGCUUACCCCUCAUAGGCCACAAGUUUGGACCUGAUACUCCAUAUGGAACCUUUCAACACACUUAUGAAGGAAUUAACAUGUUUGCUGGUUAUAUUUAUUCAUAAGAAGCUGGCAUUAAGCCUGUUUCAACAAUUGGUUCGAUGGCUUGGUCUCAACUGGGUUUCGAUGCAACGACACCCCGCGGGUCAUUGUGUUAUUUGGGUCUGAAAUACAGACGGUACAAUGUCAACAAUGUGUACAAGAUUUCCAGACCAAAAACAUGCAUUUUUGUAAGUGAGAGUAAUCCGCACCGGUUUUACAUUACCAAACAUUUCAGGCACACUCAUCAGGGUUCUUAAAAGCGACCGCCGACUCUCAACCGAGAACGCAAAUGACCUCGGGUCCGCACUAAGCACCAUAGUGAAGCAUUCUAAUUAAGAGCGGGAGGAACCCAUGAGAUACAGACGUACACACUCGACUAGCAUUAAACUCUUAAAAUGAGACCUUGUCCGUGUCAGCAUUCAGCUUCAGUGAGCACUGUCAACAGCGGCGCAUAAACACGCCGAAGAGUGAUGAAUCGGUCCAAGGGCUGCCGCAUCACUGAGAAAUAAAUACAUGCCCAUACAUUGUAAAUGACCUUUCAGCUGAUUUUAAAGUUAGAUUCCUCUGCCUUUAAUUUGAAGGAUAUAUACUGCUUGAGCCUUGCUGUGUGAGUUUGAUGUGACUUAUUGAAGGUUUGUCGUCAUUGAAUUGGUUACGUAAUUGUUGGUUACCUUGGCUUGGCGGAGCUCUUACAAAUGGCUGUUGGUUAGAAACGUUUCGGGCUGUGCACAUGCUUCAUCGCUUUCUUGCGUAGGGAAGAGUCGGGAUAAUAAUCGGACCUCAUUUUAGUCACGCUCUGCAUUAAGUACGACUGUGUUCUGGAUCAUGCGGCACAUGUUAAAAAUGCUAUUCUCUAUGUGAGAAACGAUAAACGAAUCUUAAAAUAUGCAAAUAGAAAUGACAUUUAUUUGUUCGGUUUCGAUUUGAUUUGGUUUAUUUUGAGGAUGGUGUAAUUGCUGAAAUGAAAGCACCUUUUCCUUGUUAGCGUUGUGCCUUGCGUGCAAAAAAUCAUGUAUUUACACUGAAAUCACAUAGAUUCAGCCUUGAAAAUAUGAUGCUUGUGUAAACAGUCACUUCCUGUACUAAUUUAAUCAAAUACUUGGACUCAUUUUAAUGACAUUAUGAUAUUUAAUACUAUUUAAGCAUUUCAAGUGACUUGCCCAAGGAUUUACAUAACAGGUUAUAUACAUAAAUUAGUUGUACCAUAGAAUGUAAGAGUAUUUAAUUUUGGUGCCUAUAAUGUUGAUUGAUAUUUUAAGCAGUAAUAUUGUUUUGUCACAAUGAAGGUGAAGAUGCUACUGACAGUGAUGUCAUUUGAACAGUUGCUGUAAUAUACAGUACAAAAGUAUAAAUUUGUGCUCUAAUUCUUUGUUUCACAUCACAGCCAUCACAACCGUAUUCACAGUGAACAGCAGUACUGUAUAUAUCUUACAUAAUAUACCCAUUUACAUUACAAACUGGUUAUAUAAAUAGUUCCAAAUGUCAUUGUUUUCCUGAAUUUUUUUAAUUGAUAUAUUCCUUGUCAUCAUAUCAAAGUGAAAAAAUUGCAAACUGUCAUUGACAUCCAGUCUUGGCACCGCUGUAAGUACACACGGUAGAGCCCAUCCAUAUCAAGUGUUUCAUUCAAAAUGCCCUUGCCAAACUAUAUUGUAUGUUUGUAUUUAUUUUUCUGACUGUCUCUAUCUAGUUCAGAUUGUAAAGUGUAUGAUACCUUAACAUUUGCAACACAACGCUCUCUCAAUGUGCAUGUACAGCCGUAGUUGUAUUUUUCUUUUUUACUAUUGGAAAAUGAGUAAGACUGUUGUAUGUGUUCUGUGUAAUAAAGUUAAGAAUAUUUUCUUCUA